AACCACAAAAUAUUCGUGGACUAGAUCUAAAUCAGGAGCCCAGAUGAACUUACCAAAGCUAGCAUGGGAUUCUCAGUUUUUCAAGAUCUAUACACACCAAACCCUUAAUCACCACAAUUCCAGUGACCAGGCUUUCUCUGGUUUUGUGAAGAUUUAGCGAAACUCAGAUGAUGGAAAAGCAAAGGACUUAAUUACUCAUCUCGAUAUCAUCUAACAUCAAUGGGAAAGUGAACCAGAUGGUGGUACAGCCAUGGAAAGAAAUUCAACUGUAUGGAAGAACCUAAUAGAUGAACACCCAGUCUGCACAAACUGGAAGCAAGAGGCCGAGGGAGCCAUUUAUCAUCUUGCCAGUAUUUUUUUUGUAGUAGGUUUUAUGGGUGGCAGUGGGUUCUUCGGACUCCUUUAUGUCUUCAGUUUUCUGGGGUUGGGUUUUCUCUGCACGGCUAUCUGGGCUUGGAUAGAUGUCUGUGCAGCCGACAUCUUCUCCUGGCAUUUUGUGCUCUUUAUCAUCUGCUUCAUGCAGUUUGUUCACGUUGCAUAUCAAGUGCGCAGCAUAACCUUUGCCCGAGAAUUCCAGCUGAUGUACAGCUCCAUUUUCCAGCCUCUGGGGACCCCUAUGCCCGUCUUCAGACUGAUUGCUCUGAGCUCUGAAGUGGUUACUUUGGAAAAGGAGCACUGCUAUGCCAUGCAGGGAAAAACCUCCAUUGACAAGCUCUCUCUGCUUGUUUCAGGAAGGAUCAGAGUGACAGUUGAUGGCGAAUUUCUGCAUUACAUUUUCCCCUUCCAGUUCCUGGAUUCUCCUGAAUGGGACUCACUGAGACCCACUGAGGAAGGCACUUUUCAGGUAACCCUCACAGCAGAAACUGAUUGUCGGUAUGUGUCAUGGAGGAGAAAGAAAUUAUAUUUGCUCUUCGCUCAGUAUCGUUACAUCUCCCGCCUGUUCUCAGUUUUAGUUGGCAGUGACAUUGCAGAUAAACUCUAUGCCUUGAAUGACAGGGUAUAUAUCGGAGGAAAACACCACUACGAUAUACGGUUACCCAACUUCUAUCAACUUGCAGGUCCUGGAAAGCCCAGAUCACCCCUGAUAGGAUAUUUUCGAAAUUCCAGACAACACUGUGAUAAAUAACACUGAAGUCUGAAGUUUUAUAAUUAUAAAAAAAAGACCCUCUUCAUCAUUCCCCAAAUGAAAUAGCAAAAUACAGAAAAUUGAGAUCAUUAAUAUUUUUUAUAAAUCAAACUCAGAGGCAAGACGCCAUUGCCAGCUGCUUUAUUCAUCUCAACUUCUGCAUUGUGAAUAAAUUUUACCAAUUUUUCU